AUGGCCUCCCCACAGUCCGUCGAGGCAUUGACAUCAGGCCACCGAGACGGAGAUGCACCUAGAGGAUCCAUGUCAUUACCAAGGCCAACACAGGAGCAACAGCAAUCCCCUCUCUCCACAACAAUCACCGAUUCCAACCCGAAACCAAAGUUUGACUUCAUGAGACCAUCAGAUUCCGACGACUUCCAUUCGUACGAGUCAGAGAUCAAGUCGUGUGACAGCAUUGCCAGGAGUCUGGGCAUGGGCGAGAUCAAGAGCAAUAAAGAGUACUACCUCAACAGGAUCAAGAAGAAGGGCAGGCCGAAGCACUGGAAAGACCCCCACCGAACCGACGAGCAGCUGGCGGAGGCUAUGGAGUUGAUACGAAGAUCCGGCCUAAACACGGCCGAGGUUUUGCGCAUGAGCCUACCGGCGAGUGUUCGGCCGCCCAUGCCCGACUACAAUGCGGGACCCGAUACGUCUGACGACGAGGAGGAAGAGAAAACGACACGAAAGGGGCACGGACCCAAGUGA